AUGGAGUCUCCCUUCUCGGCGCAACUUGCACUCACCGAUAUCUACCCUCCCGCCCCAAUAGGUGACCCACAAGACUUCAAGUCAGCGAUAGAGAACAGGUCUACGGCGCUCAGGGACGGAAGCAUCGAAGACUCAUACCUAUCGUUCGGUGGUGUUACGCCGCAGCUUUUCGAAUCCAUCGAGAGCCGCCGGGACACUCUUGGAGCCAAACGUGCACGCUUCACCUAUUUCGCUGAUAUCGAGACUCUAGUGAAAGUACCGUCCGAACCCCACGAGAGAGGCCACGCGAUAAUAGGACAUGAAAUCUCUCGCCGUCUGAGAACGCACAUGGCGGUUAACUUUGAAGAAGUCGUCCCUGUCCAGUCAACCACAUACCAUGGAAGGGGCGGCUCAUCUAAAGAGGCCGACUCGGCGUACAAGAACUUGAAUGUUAGAUCUCAGGUUGCAUCUUGGCCUCUCUGGGUGGUCGAGGGGGGAAUGUCAGAGUCCUUAGAACGUCUCCGUGGAGAUGCGAGCUGGUGGAUCAACCACUCCAAUGGCGACGUUCAACUCGCCAUCCUUGUCUGGAUCUGUCCCAGUCGAAGGACCAUCAAAGUCGAGACUUGGGUUUCUGAGCGAAGACCUCCCUCUCCCGCCCCCGGGCCACGUACCCGCGCGCGUGGCGCUAUCCCGACACUUUGGGCCAGGAAGGAGGACGGCGAGGUCGAGAUGGAUUUUUCAGCCAAUACACCAACUUAUCAAGGCCCCCCUGCCCUUGUUUUCCAAUUCAAUCGUCUUAUUGGCCGUCCGCCGAACCCGCCUGGUGAAUGUGAUGUGGUGCUGACCCGGCAAGACCUAUUGGAAUUGGGCAGGAUGAUAUUCCUUGGAAUAUGA